CUCCGUUUCACUAGCCAUGGAAAUGCAAAGUUGACCUCGCAUCCCUCAUCCGGAGUUCGGGUCAAUGCUUGCAAUGGAACUUGUACCUUUCUCCGUACUACUCGUCUGAAUUGAACAAACCAAACAGACACCAUCUCCUGCGGGGGGUUUUGUGAUGAACUCUAAUGUUGAAGUAUACAGACGUGACAGGUUCGCAGUAGAGAAAGAAGUUUAAACCAUUUGACAUCAGUGUAUCAGCCACCAACGUUCCGCGUCUUGGGUAAGACAAGCUCUUUAAGCUUCGAGCUCCAAGAUUUCCCAAGGAAAUAUAAAAGUCUUAUACUGAGCUUGUCGCCAUGCUGUUUGCGCCUUCUCCAAGAUCCGAAAUUCCUGCGAAUGCUGCGAUAUGACGAUGCGGAACGACGAAGAGAUGGCCAGAAAAUCUGACGUUUCCGCUUCCUACGCGGAAUGGUCGCCUAGGAGGGCCAAAUACGAGUCUUGCGACUUUUCUGGUAGUGUCUUCAUUAUCUCGUCGGAUGGGAAGGUCCUCAAGCUGCCCAUCCCCACCAAGUCGGCGCAAGAUCCACUGAACUGGUCGAAAUGGAAGCAAGCACGAGCUUUCUUGGCGCUCUACGUCUUCUCUAUCUCUGCGGAGUCGUUGACACAAGGUGCAAGUUUCUUGGUCGAAGAGUUCAGGAAUGAGUUUGCUCUGCAAGAUAAAAGUCUAAUUAGCCCUGACAGCGCUGUCUCAAUGCCAAAGCUGUUCAUGGGACUCGGGGCGCUGAUUUGGAUUCCCUUAUCCUUAGCAGUUGGACGAAGACCCGUAUUCAUCUUGUGUACUCUCGUAUUAUUCCUUUCAUCUCUGCUUGCUGGGUUUGCUACAAAUUUUGGCGAGGUUCUAGCAGCUGCUUGUUUCAUUGGAUUAGCCCAAGGUCUCACUUCGAGUAUGGCUCUCUUGAUGGUUAUAGACCUCACCUUCAUACACCACCGGCCACAAGCAAUUGCCAUGCUAUUCUGCCUUGUCGGGUUCUUCACUGCGCUACUACUAGGACUUAUCCCUCUUUUCAUCACCCAGAAAGCCACAUGGCGAUUAUUCUACCACUCUUGGUCUAUUCCAUCUCUCCUGUCUGUUAUCCUAGCUUUCUUCUUCUACCCAGAAACAUACUUCAUCCGCCCACCCGUCGCAUUCAACGGACGCAUACUCAUGCAAAGCGCCACGGAGAAAGUUCAAGUCUACGAAGACUGGGAGGAGAUCCCAGGCGGCAAAGCACUCCCAGACACACCAAGUCGAUUCCCCUGGGCUCGCAAUCUAAAGAUCUGGGGCCUCACACGAGGGGGAUGGAAAGCAAUGCGAGCAUGCUAUGCACAAGUCCUAGGAUGUCUCUUGAACCCUCUGAUAUUCUGGGUCGCUAUUCUCAACGCCCUCGUCUCCGCCAGCAACCUCUCAAUCAGACAAACAUACAGCGACAUCUUAUUACAACCACGCUUCCAGCUCACUCUAGAAGCUUGCUCGUACAUCCACUUCUCCGGCGCGGCCGGAUGUCUCAUUGCGCUGCCAGUGUCAGGGUUCCUGGUCUCAUGCGUAAUCUGCCGACUCGCAAAACGCAACCUAGGUGUCCGCGAUGCAGAGCACUACCUCCCCGCCUUCGUCCUCCCCAUCUUCACAGGCACGCUCAACAUCAUCAUCUACGGACUUGCAGUGGGGCGGCACUGGCAUCAUAUGUGGAUCUACAUCGCGUAUGGGCUCAACUACUUCACGGUUGUCAGCUUGGCUACUGCCAAUACGCUUUGGGUUACGGAGGCGUUCCCUCGAUGGGCGGCGCCAGCGUUGGUUGUGCUUAGUAGUUUUGCGAAUUUGGCGAGCUUCGGGGUGGGGUUUGGGAUCAUGCCGUGGAUUAGGUCGCAGGGACAUGCGAAUGCGGAUAUGGAGAUUGGGAUUUUGAUUGCGGUUGUGGGGUGUGUGGCGAUUCCGAUUGCGUUUUGGGGGAAGACGAUGAGGCAGCAGAUUCAUAAGAGGUGGGGGAUGAGUGAGAAGGGUGCUUUGAGGCCGCAGUGA